GGAACGAAACAGCAUCUUCAAACAUGCGUGGAGAAAGCUGUCAAAGAAGUCGAUUCCUUAGGCUUGGUGUCAGUGUCCAUUCCAGCGGUUGGUAGUGGUGGACUGGGAUGGACAGCUGAAGACUCCGCUAAGGUGGUUUUCGGAGCAAUCCGCGCACUUCUCACCAGGAGGCCAUUCAGUUCACUUCGUGAGAUACGAGUUGUAGUCUUUGACCAUUCCAUCGUUGGUGCGUUCGUGGUCGAGUUGGAAGCAAUCCAGUAAGAAAAUUUCUGCCAACGCGAAGACGACGACGAAGAUGAUGAUGAUGGUGAAGAGGGCUUAGAAGCUUGUCUGGCUUCAGCCGAUGAGUUAACGAAGAAGCGUUGUCACAGAAAGGUCAUUGUGUAUGGGCGGGUAAAGUCACUUGAUGCAGCUAUGGCAGCCUUACGCGAUGGCGUAGAAAGUGCGUGCAAUAAACCACGUGUCAUCAAACACGAAAUCAUAAGUCGUCUUCCCAGACGCUGCAUACGGGAACGGAAACGAAUGUCGCGCGCUCAAGACGUGAAAUUUGACCAACCAGAGCCAGAAACUAUUACACUGGAAGGGCUUCCUAAAGAUGUGAUGGACAUGAACUCAGAGGUAUCAAAUGCCAUCCAGGAACAGAUGGGAAGAGAGCACAAAGAGGAGCGUGUGGAUCAGACUUCCAAAACUGUUCAGUGGUAUUUGGUUAGUUCUGGAAAACUCGACCCCUUUGAUAAAAUAGCCAACAAUGAUAUAGAAUCAGCGUAUAAAGCAAAGAAACCAUCGCUUUUAUUCACACAUCAGAAUCUGAAAGCUGAGGUCAACUUUGGGAACGAAGAGGUCACGUUCUUGAGAAUAGGAGCUAUCAAAAGGGUCCUUCGUAAAGAUGUGUUACCCCUUUCUGCUGAAUGGGAUCUUCAGUCUCGUGACGAAAGUGGAAAAGAGGAGGUUCUUCAUUUGGUCAGUCUUGCACAGGACACCCAGGAAUAUAAAACGGUUCUAAAGAUGUCCCAUCAGUCAAUGCAAGGGAAGGCUUCCAUCACAAACAUUGAGAGAAUUCAAAACCCAUCGAUGUUUAAUUCAUACAUGCUGAGGAAACAGACCAUGGAUGAAAAGAACGGGACUCUUGAAAACGAACUGCAACUGUUCUAUGGAACGAAACCCGACAGCGUGAAAUCCAUCAAUGUGCAGGGAUUUAACAGGAGUUCGACAGUGCUUGUCGGGAAGUACACCGCUGGCAAGCAAGGAAUGAAGACGCCUCCUGCCAUUGACCCAAGGAAACCAGAAAUCCUCUACGAUUCCAUUGUCAACAGAGAAGAAAAUCCAACUAUUUUCGUAGUCUUCAACGAUUUUCAUGUCUACCCGAAAUACUUGAUUACUUUUAAAAGGAUCAGUUUGUAAGUCUAUAUAUCAAAGCUUCGGCCUUGCGACAGAUUGAAAUUUUUCUUAAAAAACAACAAUAAUAUUGUGAGCCGAAUACCUAUAAGAGGUGGUUAAUAAGAGCAGUCAGGACUUACCAACAAAUCUGUUUAGCUGGGAUGUGAUCAAAGAAUAGAAUAAAAUUUACUGAACUCGGCUCUUUUUACUAGACAUGCACAAAAAAAACGCCUUAUUUAACUUAGAAGGAACCAAAGAGUCAAUAAAUGCAUUAUUUUUAUACAUGUUACAUAAGAACUGGGAUAACUGGUUUUGGGCUAGCUUUCCAAUUCUGGAACUUUCGAAUCUAACGCGAGGUCUCUUCUUUUGUCAAUAGCAAGCUUAAGGUGGCAGUAUCAAGUUACUUCAAAUCUAAUUCAGCUACAUUAAUUUUGUACAUUUGUCUACAUGGUUAAGGUGAUGGUAGUGUUAAUUAUAGGUUAGAUUUAAGCUUUUGUCAUAAUGUACAAAUUUUAACUAUAGAUAUGUUUUUAGAAUGUUCAUAGUUUUUUUUGAAAAGGAUACGUGUAUAUUUUCAAAAGCGCUUCCUGCACUGUUUCAAUUGGAAUCCAGUCUUCUACAUAUUGCAUUGUAGGCGGAAAUUCGGAUAAAGCAUAGGCAGUUACUAUUUGUACAUUUACUAAAUAACAGAUGAACACCGUCGUGUGGACGAAAAACGUUUUCAAAAUACGUGCUUAUAGCGUCUACUUAGUGGCCAAGAUUAACAAUCACAUUGCUUAACAUUAAAUGUGUCCGGAUAAAGUCAUGAAUCUUUGCAACGGUGAAAUGCAAUGUGGUUAAUAAAACAUAUAUAUCAAUGAA